AUGGUGGAGUGGAUGGAUGAAAAGUGCUUAAAUGCUAUUACUAAAAGGUUAUUAGGUCCUCCUCCAAAUACUUAUACGUACACUAAACGACUUGCUGAAAUGAUAGCCGUUGAUAUGGGUGAUAAAAUACCAUUAAUUAUAACAAGACCUAUGGUGGGUAGAAAAGGGAUUUUGAAAUCACGUAUAGUGGAUGGCGAUAGUGUACCGGAAGUUAUUCCCGUAGAUUUCGCUAUAAAUAACGUGAUAUGUUGUGGAUACGAAAGAGCAAAGACCAAAAAACAAAUCGACGGGGCCGAAAACGUUUUUUGGAGAGUCUCAGCUCACAAUUAUUUCCAUCUAGCUGAUAACUUUAGGAUGUUUUAUUUCCAAUUAGGAUUUCAAAGUGUUAAAGAAUGGAGAGUUAGCCACGCUUUAAGCCACCAUUUAUUUCCAAACACCAUAAUCGACAUGGAGAUGCACAUUUUUGAGCCACUAGCAACGUAUUUUCCAAAAAUUAAAUCUUUUUUGAAGCGUUAUUUACCCUGUUUCUUUUUAAGACUCCGCGAAUUCUUUAAAUACAACAAAAAAGAAUUUAAUAUUUCCGAUUUAAUUCCAUUUUCUUUACCGAUUUUUCUUGUAACUUUCUCAAAUCAACCAGUAAUAACUUGUUUUUAUUUUUGGACUUGUAUCAUUUUAUCCGAUUCGUUUAUUUUCGCUACCAUUGGAACUAAUGCAGCACAUCAUGCUCCUGAUAUCUUCCAUGAUGGGGAUGCUGCGAGGGAUGAAAAAGAUUUUGGGAUAGCUCAAUUAGAUGCAGUUAUCGAUCGCGAGGAGAUUUUGGGGUCGCAUUUAUGGACUUUGACCACUUUUGGGCAACACGCUCUUCACCAUCUUUUCCCAACGAUCGAUCAUGGAUUGUUGAAGUUUAUUUAUCAGGUGUUUGAGGAGACCAUGAAUGAAUUUGGCGUCGGUUUGAGAUUAUCAAAUAGUUUUAAGUUGAUGAAGGGGCAAUUUAGACAAAUUGCUAAAGUUGAACCGAAUUUAAUUCCUCCUGGAUUGGAUUUAAUAAAAAAUAAAUAAAAAUUUUGUGAAAUUA